AUCCAAUAAUGGCAUCCAAACUUACCUUUUUAUGUGUCUUGUUCUUUGUCUUCUCUCUUAGCAAGGGUAACGAAACUAUCAAACGCCUUCAGGGUAGUCAAAAGGGUAGCAAUAUGCAAGGCCUCCAUAACCUCAAACUGUACCUUGCCCGAUUUGGUUACCUGAAUUACCAACAUACCCCUAACCAUGUCAACUCUAGUGAAAAUGAUGAGUUUGAUGAAGAGCUUGAGACGGCCCUAAAAGAUUAUCAAAAUUUUCACCAUCUCAAUCCCACAGGCAUGCUAGAUGAACCCACAGUUUCACAAAUGCUCAUGCCUCGUUGUGGAGUACCAGAUAAGAAAAUUAGUAACAAUCACGAGUCAAAACUGUUACAUAUCGUGUCUCAUUAUACGUUCUUCAAUAAUAGUCCUAGAUGGGGUAAAAACCGCCUCACCUAUGCAUUCAACUCGAGUAAUUAUCCGAGCAUCUAUACAUCUCCUGUUGAGCGUGCCUUCAACAGAUGGGCUAAUGCUACACAAUACUUCACAUUUUCUAGAGUUUCUAAUGUUGCGACUGCUGAUUUAAAGGUAAGUUGGGAAAGAGGAGACCAUGGAGAUGACCGUCCAUUUACAGCUGGGACGACGGUACUGGCACAUGCUUUUGCGCCAUCAGAUGGGAGAUUUCACUAUAACGCAAAUCAAAGUUGGUCUAUCGGAGCAAGACAAAAUUCUUACGAUGUCGAAACUGUUGCACUGCAUGAAAUAGGACAUCUACUAGGUUUGAACCAUAGUCAAUUUCAAAACGCUAUAAUGUGGAGUUUCCUCCCGAUUGGAGCAGUAAAGGGUUUGGCUUCGGAUGAUAUCCAAGGCAUUAAAGCUCUAUAUGGAUAUAAAAAAUAAUUACUUAAUAAUAUAUAGAUAUGUGUGUACGUAUAUGUAUUCAACUUUGAAUACUUAUAUAUUAUAUAUCAAUAAACCGUCUGAAAUGACAAUACGUGUUAUGCAAUAAAUAUAUUUAUAUGAAAUAUAACUAU